GAUAUGCGUGCCGGCAGAAGCAGCAGCGGCGAAUCAUCGCGAUGAUCCGCCGCGGAAUUCGCUGGUUCUCGUUUCUACUUCCUUCCACGGUUUCCCUCUUCCUCGUUCGCGCGACUUUCGCCUCGAAACUGCGAUCGCAGCGGUUUCCCGAAAGUGCGCGCAACCCCACCCGCGCGGAGGGUCGUGAUUUCCACCCCCUAGGUGGAUCGAUUCUUCAGCUCCUGCCAUCCCUCGUCGAGAACGGAGCUACCCUCGUCCGCCUACGCCUUCGUCGAUAAGCGCACCCCUAUGUAUGAGCCUUGGUCGGAAACGUCGUUCCUGCUGGUGGCGUCGCGACGCCUCCCCCGGAAAAUAGAACGUCCGUUUCUCGAAAUGCGUCCACCAGAGGGUACGACUCUCAUCUUCGUCGAGUCUUUUCACACGAGAAUCCUAUUUAUACGAUACUCUCGUAUUUCUGUCGUUCGAAUCGUACCUUCUCUAGUGUCAAUCAUUAAAUGACACACAUCGUACCGAUUCGUACAUGAACAAUUGCGUGGAACGUAUCGAUUUCCACAUCAAUUAUCGUAUCGACCAUUAAUCAUUAUCAGAAAUAACAUCGGCAGAUGCAAACCGCGUACGUCUAUUUUGCCUAUCCGCAAAUCCCGUCGGCUCGAAUUUUCCGAUGGUAACGAAAUCGUCACCCGAUGCGUUCACGCGAUCUCGCGUGUCACGAUACGUGUUUUUACGAUUGUCCGUCGUCGGGAAACUUUGACUCUGGUCUCUCGUCGAUAAUGACAGGUGUCCGAGGCGAACGCCUCCCGCUCCCGUCUCCGUUCCCAUUAUUAUCGUUUGUCCGAGAGUUUGCGAACAGGCUGACCAGAUUCUCACGUUUCGCGUUGCCUCGGUUGAAAACCAAGAAAGUAAAAGGCACGCAUAAGUUCGCCGAGGAGGAAAAAAAUUUCGAAACAAAGUUGAGACAUGACCGGCGACGAGGAGGAACGCGAAUUCGGUAGAAUGGUAGGUCUGAACGUGGCCCUGCUGAAACUGUGCGGCGUGAUACCGCUGGGGAAGGGAACAGGAUUCAUGAGCAACAACGUUUUGGCUUGUAUCGCGUUCGCCUGCCUCUCGCUGUACACCGUUUCGUACACUUACGAGUUUGCGACUAACGGCGACGAUCCGGAGACGCUCCUCGAAUUGUUCGCGAUGAUCAUCUCGAUCGUCGGCGGUCAAGCGCGCUUCGGGAUCCUGCUGUGGUUUCGCGGCAGCUGUAGAAAGAUGCUAGACGCCUAUGAGACGUUCUGGCUCGGUCUGAAACUGCGAGAAAGAGAGAUCGUUCGAAGUUACAGCGACAAGUCGAGGGUUCUCACGCGCUGGUACAUGAUCAUCUGCGUAUUCACGAUAUUCUUUUACGUUUUUUUCGCCUUGUUCGGUCGUUUCAUAUUCGACGAACCUCCCUCGGGAAACGUGAACGAAACGUCGCGUUAUCAGCGACAAUUGCCGUACGCGUUCUUCCUCGACGUCGAGGAGACGCCUUGGUACGAGAUCAUGUGCGCUGUUCAGGUGCUCACAAUUUUCAACGUCGGUAUGGUUUGCGUGGGCGUAGACAUGUUCGGACCUCUGGUGAUCCUCGUCGCGUGCGGCUACCUGGACACGGUUCGAUCCAGGAUCGAAAAUUUGCACGAGAUCGAAGGAUCCUCGUCGAGAGAGUCCGGAUCGCGAGUGAAAAAAGAUCUACGGGCUUGCUUAAUACGUCAUGGGACGCUGCUCGAUCUUUGCGAGGACAUCGAGCGUAUAACGAACGUGAUGUUUUUCACGCAACUGUUCGGCAGCACGUACAACAUCUCUCUCGUCGGAUUUAAAUUGGUCGAGGACAAUCCGGACAAGUUUAAGUACGUCACACAACUCGCGAUCAGCGUUAUACAGCUUUUCCUCUGCAACUGGCCACCCGACGUUCUGCUCGCGAAAAGCGAAGCUAUCGGUCGCGCAGCCUACUCUACGCCUUGGUAUCGAUACCCUGGCCAAUUGUUGAGACCGACGUGCAUCCUCAUGAUCAGGGGACAGAGACCGGUUCGCCUGACAGCCGGGAAAUUCGUAGGAUUAUCGCUGGAGACCUUUGCCUCUGUACCUAUUUCGAUUCUCUUUCUCGACCCAUUUGCAUUCUUAAACGAAACGUUUCUCGUAGCAGCGAUGCAAAUGGGUCAACCGUUUCGACACGUUCGCUUUUCUAUUUUCAGAUGAUAUCCACCGCCGCAUCAUUCUUCACGAUGGUUCGAAACAUAGACUGACGACUACCAACGAUUGUAUGAGAGAAAACGUAU